GGAAACUACCUAAACCUAUUUGGAUGUAAUCUGAAUCCAAAAUACAACCCCGCUUUUCAAUAAGACAUUCAAUAAGACUCGAAAACAUAAAUUAGUAGUUAAAACUUUUCAGAGGAUAGGGUGUUUCGAUAAUGAACAACUCUACUGCUUCAGAUAAUAGGGUGUUUCGAGAAGAAAAGAAUGCUGUUCAGAUAAUAGGAAAUUCAGGACCAGACAAUGUCUCUGCAUUCACUACUCACUGUCCCUCCAGAAGCAGGUACUUGCUUUCUAACCCACCAGCCCAUUACUUCCCAUUUCAAAUUAAAUUCAAACUUCAAAUUUACAUGCAAACCACAGAGAUUGAAAUCUUCUUCAAUCAUUUCCCAAAUAGCCUGCAGCAAUGCAAAAACUGAAACAGUAGAUACAAACCCAUCUGUGACAGGCCAAGUUGAGUUAAUUGAUUUGGAAAAUUUAGACACAAAAACCUCUUUCAAUGAUGCCCAGGACCUCCACCAGGGCUUGUCUCAGUACGAAUCAAAAUGGGUCAAUCCAAGCAAUCCCAGGAUAUCAGUUUUACCAAGGCAACGCCUUAGGUACAGCAAGAACCACACAUGGAGCCCUAAAAUUGCAGCUCUUCGGGCUCUUGCAAAGAAACUAGAUUUCUGUGAGCCAAGCAAGGAUAUCAUUUUUGAGGUCCUGGAUUCCUUUGAAGAAACCCUAAAUCCCAGUGAUGCCUUGGUUGUCAUGAAUAAUAUUUAUGGCUGGGAGACGGCCUAUUAUUUCUUUCAGUGGCUCAAUAAGAAAAAAGAUUUCCAAAUGGAUACUGUGACCUACAAUGUGACCAUAAAAGUUCUGAGAAGGGGAAGGCAAUGGGAUAAAGUAGAGGAGCUGCUACAGAACAUGCAGGAUCAAGGGAUAAUGCUUGAUAACAUAACUUGCUCCACUGUCAUUAGUUGUGCGAGGCUGUGCAAUCUUCCCCACAAGGCUGUAGAAUGGUUUGAGAGAAUGAAUGAGAGUCAGUGUGUGCCUGAUGAGGUUACAUUUACUUCAAUGAUAGAUGCUUACGGUAGGGCUGGUAAAUUACGGGAGGCUUUAAAUUUGUAUGAGCGAGCAAGAACAGAUGGCUGGCGACCUGAUAUGAAAGCAUUUUGUACCCUAUUAAAAUGCUUUAGUGUAUCCGGGGAUUUUGAUAGUGCACUUAAUACUUUUCACGAAAUGAAAGCAUUGGGGGUUAGGCCUAAUUUGGUUGCAUAUAAUAUAAUGUUUAACAUGCUAGCUAAAAUAGGGAAACCAUCAGUGGCUAAAAGUCUCUUCAAUGAGAUGAUCACUAUGGGACUGAGUCCUAAUAGGAUAACUCUAAUCAGUCUUAUUAGAGUCUACAGUAAAUCCAGGUGGGCAGUUGAUACUUUGAAGGUAUGGAACAAAAUGAAAGAGAAGGGGUGGAGCAAGGGCUUGUCCGUUAACAAUACAUUAUUGAGUAUGUUUGCUGAUCUAGGCUGUGUGAAGGAGGCUGUCACGCUUUUCAAAGAGAUGCGGCAAUCAGAUGAUUGUAAGCCUGAUAGCUGGAGUUAUACAUCCAUGAUAACUCUCUAUACAAGGAGAGAAGAGAUUGAAGAAGCCAAUAGGAUGUUCAACGAGAUGAAAGAAGCUGGAUUCCGGCCUAGUCUGAUGGUUUAUACUUGCCUUAUACAAUGCUAUGGUAAAUCAAAGAGAUUUGAUGAGUUUGUGAAGACAUUUAAUGUCCUUCUUGACGAAGGAAUCAUCCCAGAUGACAAAUUCUGUUCAUCUCUCCUUUGGAUUCUCACUCUCUGUGAGAAGGAAGAGACAGGUAAGGUUGUUGAAUGCAUUCAAAAUGUCAAUCCUAAACUGGGUCUACUCGUCAAGAUGCUGCAAGAAGAGGACAUGAACUUACCUGUUUUCCAAGAAGAACUUCAAAUCUUCCUCAAGCAAGCGUCAAAGACAGUACAAAGAUCAUUCUGCAAUUCUUUGAUUGAUCUAUGUCACAAUUUCAAUUUUCGAGAAAGAGCUCUCAAUUUGCUCUAUCUGGGAAUGCGAUUUGGACUCUACCAAAAUCUGCACACAAAAUCACCUACGGAAUGGUGCUUAGAUUUACGAAGCCUUUCCUUUAAAGCUGCAAUAACUGCUUUUGAUGAUUGGGUAAGCAAUCUAUCUAAAGCUAAGAAAUCUGGGGAAGAAAUGCCUCCAUCGCUUGGGAUCCAGACGGGUCGUGGAGGUCACACAAACUCUCCUGAACAGGCUUUAGUAGCUCUCUUUGAAUCUCAUUUAAGGGAAAUAGAGUUUCCUUUUGAGAAAAGCACAACAAGAAUUGGAUGGUUUUUCACGACAAGGGAUGCAGCAAUUUCAUGGUUGCAAUCAAGGAGUUCAUGGCCAGAUGAUCCACUAUUAUGAUUUUUUCAUUUCUUACUGCAAUGAGUAACUGCUGCGGAAAAUAUGUCGCAGUUUUUUGUGAUUUACCCUGUGUAUCUGCUGUAAAUACUGCCUUCUAUGGAAUCCUCAGGAUAUACUGGUAGGAUGCCAGAUGCAUUAAUUAUCUUACUGUGACUUUUUAGUGCAUUUCCAAGGAUUGAGCCUUAGAUAUUAGCUUUCGAGCUAAAUUUGCCUAUUUUCCUGGUAUAAAUGGUGGAGCAUCGGUGAUGUAUGAUGGGAUGUCUCUCUUCAUUCGCUUUUUGGUGAAAGAAACAAUUAUUGUUCUUUUCUAUUUGAUAGCCAUGGACUAGAAGAACACACUAGCAUCCCCAAUUGGAUUAUGUCAAUAUAUUCAAAUUUCUGAAUGCAAA